GGGUUGCAAAAGUAUCUCACCAUCCUGACUCACGAAGCAUAAUGUCUCGCCGACGAUCACCUCGAGAGCCGUCAACCGUCUUCCAUAUGAAGACUCGAAGUCGUGCCCGGAAAGGGAGGCCGGGAUCAAGCGAUCCUUCUGGGGACAUCUCAUCCACAAGCUCCUUGUCCUCACCACCAUCAUCACCAACACCGCCAACGCCGCCAAGAAACCAAAAGCGGAAAUUGUCUGAGACUGACUCAGACGGACCCGAAAAUCUCCCCAUUGCCAAACGGCUCUCACCCGACUCCAGAAGUGAUAAUGCGAAGCAGACGACCGAUACCGUUGAGGUUGAGACGACCACGCUAGCUGGCUCGGAAGGUAUCGUUGCAAACCCGAUCCCUUGCAACAAUGAUGUCACCACGAGAAAACGUCCAGCAUCAAACAGCGAAGAUUCAGAAACUCGGUCUCCCAGGAGGUCCGCAAAGGGUGCUACUCGUGCCCGUAGAGGUGGCCAAGGGAAUGGGGCCAACAGUCGGAAAGGAAAGCUAAAGGGAAAGAGAGGAAGGGGUGGCGAUAGUCCCGAGCCACCGAAUCGGAAGCGCCCGUUGACCCAGGAUGAACGGGUUGAAAUAUCGAUGCUCAAAGCACGACAACACGAAUUGAAAAGAUUCUUCUCUAUUGUUGGAGCUCAACAAGUGGACAUCCUCGAACAGCUGGCUUCUCGAGACCUUUCCAAACUGGCGCGAAAACCAAAAGCACAUCAAAAAGUGCCUGAAUACGACACCAUCGUCGAGAGCCUUGAUACAACCAUGCAAGACAUACAGGAUAUGAUCAGAACACGGCAUAGAGUGCAGCUUGAGCAUGAAAUGCAGCGAAUGGAACAGGAGAAGGAAGUCAUCGAGCAACAAUUCAAGACGCACGCUUUAGAAGCACGCAAUGAACAUCUCACAGGUGCUGAAGGAGAUAUCAUUCUCUUCGAACGCGCUUAUCGUGAAGCUCACGACGAGACCCAUACCGAGACCGGUUCUGAUCUUGAUGGCUAUCCCCAAUACCACGAACUCCCGGAGCCUGACACUCAACCUCGGGGCUACGUUUCUCGAAAGAUCAUGGACGAGAAACCUUUCAAGCUGCAACUUUCAACGUAUGACGAACAGGCCCGACAAGAAGUUCUCAACGAAGAUUUCAUUGCUCCUUUGCUUAGGGAGAUGGAGCAACGAGAUAGGGAAUACCACGAGGAACAAGAGCGGAGGAAAUCGCACAACCUCAGUGCUCUUACCAGCGAAGCCGUCAGAGAGCUCGAGACCAUCAGAGAAAACGAGAGACCUCCACAGGUUGACGGUAUGAAUGAUACUGCCGGCUCAUACGCCUUGUCCACGCUUGCCGACGUAUCGGACUGGAUGUCACAAUCACGUCCACAACACCGACUCAGCUAUACGACUUCAGCCCCUGUCUCAGCACCCAGCGACCAGUUCCCAAGACGAUAUUCACCUCGCUUCGGUCCAUUACAAGCUUUCAGUGGCCCAGUAACGAGAGAAGUAACGAGACAUCCUUCGUUCCAGCAUGUUCUGAGCGUAGACACCACAAGUGCUCCACCUGUUCAGACCCCAUCAUCAGCAACGGAGACAACUGACAGAAAUUCAUCCCAUGUUGUCUCCAGUGGACCUGGCCAACCCCUCGCGCCGGCACCACCUAAGUCUGGUCCACGUUUCCAAGUGUUCCGUCACAGUAACGGACGUCCCGGGUUUGCAAGCCCUUCACCAUUGGCGGGAGGUGGGCCUCAACAAUUCAUCUUCCAACCUCCACAACAACCUUUGCAAUAUCAACCAGCUCCUGGAAGAACGCCGCCUCCACAGUAUGGUCCUGGUGGAACAGGUUCUCGUGUCGAUCGAGGAGGAAAAUCUUCAAUGACAUUCGUGAAUCAAACGAUUGCUAGUCGGGAUGCAGCAGCUGGGAAUCCCAAUCCAAAGGGUGGACAGAGGAUCUUGCUACCCAAGAUGUGAAAAUGGGGUCCAAAUCAGCAGCAGGAAUGAGAUCGCAUGUAUAUAUGAGCAUAGAGCAAGGCAAGCAAUGU